UCUUUCAGACUUGUAAGAGUGAGCAUGGGGAGGACUGGUAGUAAGGUGGUGCUGAGAGAGUCUUCAGAAGAUGGAGUUCAAUCACUGCCUAAUCCAGGAACUAUCUUACAGAGCCUUACCACAGGAAGCAAGAUGAAACUGAAAUGGACUCAUCUGGGUCUGAUCUUUUUCCUAUCUCUGUCUAUCAUUAUGACCGGCUGCUUCCUCUGGCAGUAUCACCUGCCAAAGUCAAUUUCAGAGAAAGAUUUGGAAACAAACGUCAAAUCUGACAAGAUGUGUCCCAGAUUUCCUGAGCCCACUCCACUAGAGCAUCCCAUUCCCUACCUGAGAGAAGCACUGGAAAAGGUGGACGCAAUACUCCGACAAAGCAUCAAUUCCACCAGCCUUCCUGCACUCUCUGCCAUCGUCAUUUACAACGAUACUGUGCUGUGGACGGGAAACUUUGGCAAGAGGAACAGAAGCGACCCUAACUCAGCUCCUCCAAAUGAGUACACCGUAUAUAGGAUUGCUAGCGUUUCCAAGCUCUUCCCCACUUUGAUGCUCUACCGGCUCUGGGAGGAUGGUAAAGUUGGCUCGUUGGAUGACCCACUGGAGAAGUAUGUGGAGAACUUUACCAUUAAAAACCCACUGGGCAAGAGCAAAAACUCUGAGCUGAAGUAUGUCACGGAUGGUCUGAUCUUCGUGGACAGCGGGGAGGUUCAGAUCCGGUCCUCUUCCGUCACCCUGCGGAGAAUGGUCAGCCAUCUAUCUGGUUUGCCUAGAAGACUUCGAUCCACUAACCUGUUGUGGAGGGGCAAGACUUACGAUGCUAUCAAUCUUCUACAUGACGAUGUGCUGGUUGCAGAUCCGGGAACCAAAUGUCACUACAGCAACUUGGCUUUCUCCCUGUUGGCUCACGUCCUGGCUGAGAGGGUGGUGGGUGUGAACUACCAGCGCUGGAUCUCUGACAACGUCCUGGACCGCUUAGGGAUGGAAGACACAGGAUUUGAUAUCCCCCCCAGCAUGCACAACCAAAUGGCCGUGGGAGUCUACGGCAGCGGCAAGCCCGCACCGCUUUACGAUCUGGGCUGGUACCGGCCUUCGGGUCAGAUGUUCUCCACGGCGGCUGAUCUGGCUAAGCUUGCCAUGAUGCUCCUGGGGGCUUACCAUCGCAAGCUGUUGGAGCCAGACACCCUGAAGAUAAUGCUCACCCCUUUGUUUCGCUGUGAUAAAGGCUACUUCGCUAACCGCACUGGAACCCCAUGGGAGGUGAACGAGCAGUUCGGCUAUGAGCUGCUUCGUAAAGACGGAGACCUGGAUGGCUACUCUGCUACGUUUUCCCUAGUACCCCGACUAAAGCUAGGUUUGGUUGUUCUAAUGGCCGGAGCAAGACCUCAAAACCAAGAUGUCAUCUCCAAGGCCUAUUUGAAUCUCAUUCCUGCCAUGGAGAGAGCCUUCAGAGAUGCCAAACGAGUCCUGGUUCCUCCCUCAGAUUCUGCCCCGUAUGUAGGGUUCUACACAUACAGUAACAUCACCUUCUAUGAGAUCAAGGCAGGAUCAGGAGGGAUCCUCAUCAUGAAGCAGUUCGGACCACAGAUCGAGAACCUGGUGCCUGAGAAAUACCGCACCAUCAAGCUGACAUACCUUAUGGAUCGAGUGUUUAGGGUUGUGUUCGAGAAAGAAUUCCCCUGCGUGUUACACGUAGGUACUGCCUCGGUCUCGCUGGAGUCACAGGACGGGCAGCUUUUUAAUUUCUACGCUUUUGACAAGAGAGGGAAGUCUCCUGGUUUUGACGUACCGGGUCUGAACACUUAUAAUGUGGUCCGGAUAGCUAACAGGCCCCCAUUCUCUAAGUAA